ACCGCCAUUAGACGAAGAAGAAGAAGCGUCUCCAAUUGUUGUCAGCUAACUUUGAUCAGUGUUGCUUGUUAGCCAUGGGAAGCACUAUGAUUGACCAGUGAAACUGGUCCUUGGGACUUUAAAUUAUAUAUGUACUUUUCAGCAUUAGUUUUUCCUCAACAUCUUGCCUCAGACAGCGACGUACUACCUGAAAAGUACAAUUCGCAACGCAAUAUAUGCGUUAAACGGGUUCACACGAAGAACACAGCCGGCGGAUACAAGGCCUCUCUUAGCUAAACCAAGCUAAGGAUGUCGGAUUCGGACAGUGAUGAAGACCAGGACCGUCCUUUCUCUCUCACUGGCUUCCUGUUUGGGAACAUCAAUGAAGAUGGACAGCUGGAGGAUGACAGUGUGCUGGACACUGAGUCCAAGAAGCACCUUGCCGGCCUGGGCUCGCUGGGUCUGGGAACGCUUCUCACGGAGAUCACCGCCAGUGAGGAGGAUGUGGCCGAGGGCGAGAAGGACCCCAGUGGCACUGAUGAGGAGGGUUGGGUGAAGAGCACGGAGGAUGCGAUUGAUUACUCUGACAUUAGUGAGGUCGCUGAGGAUGAGACGCGCAAGUACCGGCAGGCUAUGGGAACCCUGCAACCCUCCAGGAAUACAGAGGACGACGAUGACUAUGAUGCUGAUUGUGAAGACAUUGAUGCCAAACUGAUGCCCCCACCACCUCCACCCUCAACCACUGGAAAGAAAGAGGAGCCCUCCACACAAGCUGCUCCUGGGGUUGCAGCAGUUGUGGAUGAGGGCAGCGGGAUUAUCCUUCCCUCCAUCAUUGCUCCGUCAUCGUUGGGGGACAAGGUGGACUUCAGCAGCUCGUCGGACUCCGAGUCGGAGACGGACAGGCCGGCCCAGGGCCCGGGUGCUGGCGGGUCCCCGGGGAGCCUGACCCUCCCGCUUGCUGGCAUCAUGCAGAAGGAUGCCGCCAAAUCCCUACCUGGUGUCACCGAGCUCUUCCCUGAAUUCAGGCCUGGCAGGGUCCUGCGCUUCCUGCGCCUGUUCGGCCCGGGGAAGAACAUGCCCUCCGUGUGGCGCAGCGCCCGCAGGAAGCGCAAGAGGAAGCACCGCGACCCGCUGCCCGGGACGCCCCCUCCCGAGGUGGAGCAGGUGGAGCAGAGCCCAGAGAAGUGCGGCUGGAGAUAUGAGUACGCCCCGCCUCCACCCCCGGAGCAGUGCCUCUCUGAUGAUGAGAUUACUAUGAUGGCCCCAGUGGAGUCCAAGUUCUCCCAGGUAGCUGGUGACGGGGACAAGGUGGCGGAGUCUCGGCCCAAGGUGGCGGAGUGGCGCUACGGGCCGGCGCAGCUGUGGUACGACAUGCUGGGCGUGCCUGAGGACGGGAGCAGCUUCCACUAUGGCCUCCGCCUCAAGGAGGUGCAAUCAGGGUCUGAGGACGAGCAGUGUCAGGAGCAGAUUGAAGAUGCCCAGGAAGGUUCCGCCCUGGAGAAUGAGCUCUUCUUGAUGGUGACUCAGCUGCAGUGGGAAGAUGACAUCAUCUGGAACGGGGAGGACGUCAAACACAAGGGGACUAAAACCCAGCGUGCUAGUCUAGCUGGCUGGCUGCCCUCCAGCAUGACCCGUAAUGCAAACGCUUAUAAUGCACAGCAAGGUCUGAGCCGCAGUAAUUCCCAGCUGGUGCCUCCAACCCCUCCCCCUAUGACCAAAGCGCCCUCUCUCAGCUCAGGAUCCAGCAAACGGGACAAACACAACCAGGACCAGCAAGCUUCUCAUGAAGAUGACACGCCCUGGUUUUCCAUUUUCCCCAUUGACAAUGAGGAGCUAGUCUACGGUCGCUGGGAAGACAACAUCAUCUGGGACGACCAGGCCAUGGAACACUUGCUGUCGCCUCCUGUCCUGACUCUGGAUCCCAAUGAUGAGAACAUCAUUCUGGAAAUACCAGAUGAGAAGGAGGAGCGGACGUCAAAUUCCCCCUCCAAGGAGAACAAGAAGGAGUCCGCCCUAAAGAAGAGUCGUAUUCUUCUGGGAAAAACGGGAGUGAUCAAGGAUGAGCCCCAACAGAACAUGUCCCAGCCGGAAGUGAAGGACCCCUGGAACCUGUCCAACGAUGAGUUUUAUUAUCCCAAGCAACAGGGCCUGAGGGGGACCUUCGGAGGUAACAUCAUCCAGCACUCCAUCCCUGCGGUAGAGCUGAGGCAGCCUUUCUUCCCCACUCACAUGGGCCCUAUGAAGCUGAGGCAGUUUCAUCGCCCGUCCCUCAAGAAGUACUCCUUUGGGGCGCUGUCCCAGCCAGGGCCUCACCCAGCACAGCCCCUCCUCAAACACAUCAAGAAGAAGGCUAAGAUGAGGGAGCAGGAGCGGCAGGCGUCUGGAGGAGGGGACAUGUUCUUCAUGCGGACGGCGUCAGACCUGACCGGAAAGGACGGGGAUCUCAUCCUUGCCGAGUACAGCGAGGAGUUCCCUCCUCUCAUCAUGCAGGUCGGCAUGGCCUCCAAGAUCAAGAACUACUACAAGAGGAAACCUGGGAAGGAUCCUGGAGCUCCUGACUGUAAAUAUGGAGAGACGGUGUACUGCCACACGUCCCCUUUCCUGGGAUCACUACACCCUGGGCAGCUUCUGCAGGCCUUUGAGAACAACCUGUUUCGAGCCCCCAUAUACCUGCACAAGGUUCCUGAGACGGACUUCCUUGUUCUGCGAACGCGACAGGGUUACUACAUCCGAGAGGUGGUGGACAUAUUUGUAGUUGGCCAGGAGUGCCCUCUCUUUGAGGUGCCCGGGCCCAACUCGAAACGUGCCAACACACACAUCCGAGACUUCCUGCAGGUGUUCAUCUAUCGCCUGUUCUGGAAGAGUAAGGACCGCCCCCGUAGAAUCCGUAUGGAGGACAUCAAGAAGGCCUUCCCCUCGCACUCCGAGAGCAGCAUUCGCAAGCGGCUCAAGCUCUGUGCUGACUUCAAGCGCACAGGGAUGGACUCCAACUGGUGGGUGCUGAAGCCUGAUUUCAGACUGCCUACUGAAGAGGAGAUUCGUGCCAUGGUCUCCCCAGAGCAGUGCUGUGCCUACUACAGCAUGCUGGUGGCUGAGCAGAGGCUGAAGGAUGCUGGCUAUGGAGAAAAGUCAUUUUUUGCCCCUGAGGAGGAGAACGAAGAAGACUUCCAGAUGAAGAUUGACGAUGAGGUGCGCACUGCUCCUUGGAACACUACCCGAGCCUUUAUAGCUGCCAUGAAGGGGAAGUGCCUGCUGGAGGUGACGGGCGUGGCCGACCCCACCGGCUGCGGGGAGGGCUUUUCCUACGUUAAGGUGCCCAACAAGCCCACACAGCAGAAGGAUGACCGGGAACCUCAACCUGCUAAGAAGACUGUGACCGGGACAGACGCUGAUCUGAGGCGGCUCUCUCUGAAGAACGCCAAGCAGCUCCUGCGCAAGUUCGGGGUGCCGGAGGAGGAGAUUAAGAAGCUGUCCCGGUGGGAGGUGAUCGACGUGGUGCGCACCAUGUCCACAGAGCAGGCCCGCUCCGGCGAGGGUCCCAUGAGCAAGUUCGCCCGCGGCUCCCGCUUUUCAGUCGCCGAACACCAGGAGCGCUACAAGGAAGAGUGCCAGAGAAUCUUCGACCUGCAGAAUAAAGUGCUGGAGUCCACCGAGGUCCUCUCCACGGACACGGACAGCAGCUCGGCUGAGGACAGCGACUUUGAGGAGAUGGGCAAGAACAUCGAGAACAUGCUGCAGAACAAGAAGACGAGCUCGCAGCUGUCCCGCGAGCGGGAGGAGCAGGAGCGCAAGGAGCUGCAGAGGAUGCUGAUGGGAGAGGACAGCGACCGCGACAAGAGUCGCAAGGACCGCCGGAAGGGCUUCUCUAGCGCCCUCUCCACGGGCUCCCACAAGGACGACGACGCCUCCUCUGUCACCAGCCUCAACUCCUCGGCCACCGGGCGCCGGCUCAAGAUCUACCGCACCUUCCGUGACGAGGAGGGCAAGGAGUACGUGCGCUGCGAGACGGUCCGCAAGCCCGCGGUGAUCGACGCGUACACGCGCAUCCGCACCACCAAGGACGACGAGUUCAUACGCAAGUUUGCACUGUUCGAUGAGCAGCACCGUGAGGAGAUGAGGAAGGAGCGGCGGCGCAUUCAGGAGCAGCUUAGGCGCUUGAAACGCAACCAGGAGAAGGACAAGUUCAAGGGCCCCCCGGAGAAGAAGGCCAAGAAGGUCAAGGAGCGUCCGGAUCUCAAGCUGAAGUGCGGUGCUUGUGGGGCCAUAGGACACAUGCGCACAAACAAGUUCUGCCCGCUGUACUACCAGACCAACGCCCCGCCCUCCAAUCCGGUCGCCAUGACGGAAGAGCAAGAGGAGGAACUGGAGAAGACUGUCAUCCACAAUGACAACGAGGAGCUGAUUAAGGUGGAGGGCACCAAGAUCGUCCUGGGCAAGCAGCUCAUCGAGAGCGCUGAUGAGGUUCGCAGGAAAUCACUGGUGUUGAAGUUCCCCAAACAGCAGCUACCUCCCAAGAAGAAGAGGCGUGUGGGGACCACAGUGCACUGCGACUACCUCAAUCGACCACACAAAUCCAUCCACAGACGGCGUACAGACCCCAUGGUUACCCUGUCCUCCGUAUUGGAGAGCGUCAUCAACGACAUGCGGGAUCACGCCAAUACCUACCCGUUUCACACGCCAGUCAAUGCCAAGGUGGUGAAGGACUACUACAAGAUCAUUACGCGGCCAAUGGACCUGCAGACACUGCGGGAGAAUGUGCGCAAACGCUUGUACCCAUCGCGCGAGGAAUUCCGCGAAAAUGUGGAGCUCAUCGUUAAAAACAGCAUUACUUACAAUGGACCAAAGCACCCCCUGACCCAGGUGGCCCAGUCCAUGCUGGACUUGUGCGAUGAGAAGCUGAAAGAGAAGGAGGACAGGCUGGUGAGACUGGAGAAAGCCAUCAACCCCCUGUUGGACGAUGAUGAUCAGGUGGCCUUCUCCUUCAUCCUGGACAACAUUGUCACGCAGAAGAUGAUGGCUGUACCUGAUUCGUGGCCCUUCCACCAUCCAGUGAACAAAAAGUUUGUCCCUGAUUAUUACAAGGUGAUCGUCAACCCCAUGGACUUGGAGAACAUCCGCAAGAACAUAUCCAAACACAAGUACCAGAACCGCGAGAUCUUCCUCAGCGACGUCAGCCUCAUCCACACCAAUAGUGUGAAGUAUAAUGGUCCAGACAGCCCUUACACCAAGACGGCCCUGGAGAUAGUCAACGUGUGCAAACAGACCCUGUCCGAGUAUGAUGAGCACCUGACCCAGCUGGAGAAGGACAUUUCCACAGCCAAGGAGGCAGCCCUGGAUGCUGCUGAUCUGGAGAGCCUGGAGCCCAUGACCCCCGGACCCUACACCCCACAGCUUCCUGACCUGUAUGACAGCAGCACCUCUUUGAGCCUGCAUAGGGAGGCUGGCCUGUUCGCCCUCGGGCCUCCUGGCGCAGCCCCCGACAAGAGGGGGGGGCAGGGCAGACACGGUCGCGGGAGGCUGGGUGAAGAGGAGUCUGACGUGGACAUCGAAGGGUUUGAGGAGGAUGAUGACGGCGGCAAGCCUAAGACCCCCGCCCCUGCUGAGGAUGGUGAGGGCGACCUAGAGGACGAGGAGGAUGAAGAAGAGAUGCUGCUGCCGCUGCGGAGAAGAAUGCUUGGGCAUGAGGACGAUGAUUAUGAGGAGGAUGAAGGCUCCAGCCGCCCACCUCAGGCCAGUGUGUUGUAUCAGGACCUGCUCAUGUCAGAUGGGGAGGAUGAUGCCAGUGAAGAGGAGGGAGAUAACCCAUUCUCCGCAAUCCACCUGUCAGAGAGUGGCAGUGACUCAGACCGGGAGGUGGAGCCUCGUGGGGCCCCACCCAGGAGUCACCAGGAAGUGGCCCGCAUGGAGCUGGAGCAGGAGGAGAGCAUGAUGUCCUAUGAGGGGCCAGAAGAGAGCCACCUGGAGGACAGUAAUGUCAGUUAUGGCAGCUGUGAUGAUGUGGAAAGGCAGAGCCAGAGACAGCCGCCCUGCCUGGGAAACGGAGAGGGAUACGGAAUGAGCGAGGAAGAUGAAGAGGAAGAGGAGGAUGAAGAAAGCGGGGCAAGGAAGCGGGGCCCCAGUGUGCUGUCACAGGUCCAGCUCAGUGAGGACGAGGAGGACAGUGAAGAGUUCAGGUCCAUUGGUGGAGACAGUGACAUGGACUCAGAUGCCUAAUGGGGGGAAAAACUUUUGUGAUAUUAGAUAUCAAUAAUAAGGACAUUUUCAAGGACUCUACUCUUGGUGAACUCACUCACUCAUUCACUCGUUACAACUGAAAUAUUGCAUUCUUACCCAGUAUUUUUUGCCCUUGUAUAGUUUUGUGUAGUGCAAUAUGCUUUCUUUAGUUUUUAUUGGAUUACUGAAGAUAUCUUGAUUUAUUUUUUAAAAUAAUAUGGUAAAAGACAUUCUUCAGCCUUAAAAUGACAUUUUUAUUCAUAAACUUCAUAUAUGUCUGCUGUAAAUAUUCAAUGAUUAUUAAAAAAACAGUUGUUUUAUAUUA